GUCCGUUCCCUAGCCAUACAUUUCUACCACCAGGUCCUUGAUAUCUCAAACACUCUCCUCCCUCCCCAACCCCCACAACUCUCUUCCCAAACCAUCCAACCAUCACAUGGUUCCAGGCGCCAGACGAUUAUUUGAAGAUCAAUUUCGACGCUGCUGUUUGUGUCGCCGGGUGUUCGUCUGGGCUUGUUGUCCUUUGGUCAGACGGACAUGUGGUGUUGGCGUUCGGGUUACAACAUCAAGAAAUAGUCAAUCUUCCCUGGCAGAGCUCCUAGCCAUUAGAGUCGCUAUUUCCAUAAGCACCUGAAUAUCUUUGACUCACGUGAUAGUCGAAGGUGAUUCCGAAGUGGUCGUCAAGCAGAUCCGGCAAGGUUUCAUAGAAGACUCGAUUGGUGGUCUGGUGCUACGAGAGUGUCGUCAGAUCCUUAGCUCUUUGUCCAUUUGUAUAGAGUUUAGGGCGGUAUCUAGAACUGCCAACAGUGUUGCCCAUAGAGUGGCGCGUAAAGCACUGCUUUUGACUUGUCUAGAGCUAGAAUCUUUCGACUUUUUAGGGUGGCUUCAUUAUAAUAUAUUGUAAAAGGUCCUGGAUAUAUUUGUAUGAAUAACUCUUGUCCUCUAUUGAUAUCAUUAAAAAAAAUCAAUUUGAUUUGGGUCAUAUUAGAGGACUCUCGUAAGGAUAGCCGGAAUCCGCCUCCGUGGGCUUCACAUUUUGCCCUCAAACAAGUUUAAUGCAUCUAUUUAAACAAAAUGUGUGUAAUGUUACUCUAGUGACAAAUUUGCUAAGAAUUAAACUCCAGGGAUGAAUUUCCCACUAGCCCUAAAGUUUAGGUGGUCGUUUGAUUAGUUUACCCGUAUAAAGAAAAUUUGAGGAAAUGAAAGAGGUGGGGCAGUCUUGUGGAUUGGGAUGGCAGUUGUGUUGAAACUUGAAAGUGCUACCCAACGCCAACUCCUUUAACCUUUCUUCCUCUCGUCUCCUUUUCCCCCAGAAUCACAAAUCGGAAAAUCCAAAAAGGGUCUCCGAAUUUGGGUGUUAGGGUUCUAAAGUUUCAAUCUUUUCUCUUUGUUUCUACCAAUUCGUAGAGCUAGAGAUAGAUAGAUUACACUUUUCUCACAUAGCCAUGGAAGGAGAAGGUUCGCUGGAGUUUCAGGACUGGGAGGUUCUUGCUCAUUCCGAAACCGAAGCUGUUGUGGUUAGCUCCCCUGUAUUGGAGGAGAAUCUGAGGAGUUUCGACGAAAUCGAGGCUGAUUCCGGCGGGAUGAUCAGGUUGGAUUACUUCUCUAUUGGAAAUGAUAGCAUGUUUGAUAAAUCCGUUGUUGCUUGUGCUGGUGAGGUAGAGAGCUCUGUUGAGUCUGAUAAUCCGAGUUGGAUCGAUCCUGCUAUUGAAAAUCGGUUCGAGGGCAAAAAUUCAGUUGGCUUCUGGUCUGAUUCGGCUAGUGAUCGGUCGGAUGACCAGAAAGUUAGUGACUUUGAUGUUAGAAAUGAAUUGGGUGCUGAAAAAUUCGCCAAGAGCGAGGAAAUUGAAGCUAAGGAAGUUGAUGGAAGGGAGUUUGAUCAGCUGGUGAGCGAGCUUUCAAGCUGUGAGGCGAAGAGUGAAUCAAGUUUUGAGGAGAAUGUGAAGAGUCGCCAACUGGUUUUUGAAGAAAUUGAGCAGAAGCUAGGGAAGGAGAAAGAUAUGACCAAGUUCUGGUCUGAUUCUGGUGGUGAUGGCUUGGUUUUGGGUUCUGAGGUUAUGAGUGACGAAGCCACUCGUGGUGGGAAUGAUACGGUGGAGGAAAACUCGCGUGUUGUUGAAGCUGGGGACGGGAAAUCGGAUGGUGGUGAUGAGGGGAAGAAGCAGCCAGUGGUCUGGUGGAAAGUUCCGUUUGAGUUGUUGAAGUGCUGUGUUUUCAGAGUUAGCCCUGUGUGGACUUUCUCAAUGGCUGCAGCUCUAAUGGGCUUCGUCAUCUUGGGUCGGAAGUUAUAUAAGAUGAAGCGCAAGGCGAGGAGCUUGGAGCUUAAAGUUACCCUUGAUGAUAAGAAGGUGUCGCAGUUCAUGAGCCGUGCUGCACGACUCAACGAAGCAUUCUCCGUCGUGAGACGGGUUCCCAUUGUCCGGCCUAUGCUACCAGCUGCUGGUGUGAACCCAUGGCCUGUGAUGAGCAUGAGAUGAACUAACAGCAGAGAUUUAUUGUGCAGUUGAGGGAAGUACAAAAAAAGAAAUAAGCAUUAUGGGGAACUAAGUGCAGCUUGCUUGCUUUUGGUGUUUCUUGCUUUCUACUUUCAUCUUUUGUCGCUCCUGGAGGCCUCUUUUGGUCCAUAUAUUAUGUGCAUAAAACUUGCAGCCUGAAAACUACUGAAUCACUCUCCCCCUCUCUUCUGUUCAUCUUGUGUUUGUAUAAUUAUAAUUAUUCCCUAAGUAAAAGUUAUGGCUGAAAUAAUCUCAUCCAAUAUAUAUUACUUGUUUAUUACUUGUUGCUCUCUAGAUUCCUGUCACAAAUUGUGGAUGAUACUUCAGGUAGUUAUGGACAAAUAAGAACUAUAUCCCUGU